AUGGACAAAGCGAGCAACAUCGACCAACAGUCAGUUGGUCUGCACCGAGUGAGUUCUCCGGCCGUACAAGACUCGGUCGGGGGCAAAAAUGGAGUCUAUGUGCAGGCACAGCAGUACAGCAAUAGUGCUUCCGACUUACAUGGGGACAAUCCGUUUGCCGACCCGGAGGUUGCGGAGCGCUACGCUUCAAUCUAUGAGAAGGCGCAAUAUGAGUGUCGACACGUCUUCGACCCGACCCUGACAUGGACACCUGAGGAAGAGAGGGCGCUCGUUCGGAAAUUGGAUUGGCGUGUGUGUUUAUGGGCUUGCGUUAUGUUUUUUGGUCUCCAAGUGGACAGAGGCAAUCUUGUUCAGGCUGUAUCAGACAACCUGCUCAAUGAUCUCGGAUUAACAACUAAUGACUAUAACACCGGCAACACUAUCUUCCUCGUCUCUUUCCUGCUUGCGGAAUUGCCGUCUCAGCUGGUGUCUAAGAAAAUGGGCCCUGAUCGCUGGAUUCCGAUGCAGAUGACGCUAUGGUCUGUCGUUGCGGCAGCCCAAGCUGGCUUGGCUGGAAAGCGAAGUUUCUUCGCUACGAGGGCACUUCUGGGAAUCCUUGAGGGGGGCUUUAUCCCUGAUAUUGUUCUGUGGUUGUCGUAUUUCUACACCAGCCGAGAACUCCCAACACGCCUGAGUAUCUUCUGGACUGCUCUUUCAGGAACUACCAUCAUUACAUCAUUCCUCGCAUUCGGUAUCCUACACAUGCGUGGCAUUCAGGGCAUGGCUGGCUGGAGAUGGCUUUUCCUUAUUGAAGGCCUGAUCACAUUCCUUGUUGGAGUGGCCUCCUUUUUCCGUAUGCCUGCCUCGGCUGUCGACACCAAGAAGUGGUUUCGCCCCAAAGGAUGGUUUACAGAUCGAGAAGUCAGCAUUGUGGUGAAUAGAGUCCUCCGCGAUGAUCCUUCGAAAGGGGACAUGCACAAUCGCCAACCUAUCACCCCUCGUCGCCUCUGGAACUCUCUGCGUGACUACGACCUCUGGCCCAUCUACAUCCUCGGCCUCAUCGUCUUCAUCCCUCAAACGCCUGUAACAACCUACAUCACACUCACGCUCAAGAGCGUCGGUUUCAGCACGUUCACUACAAACCUCCUCACCGUCCCCUACAGUGUCGGCCAUAUCAUCACCCUUCUCCUUCUUACCCGCCUCAGCGAAUGGCUUAAUGAACGUACCUUCGUGGCUAUGCUCCAGAGCAUCUGGACCUUACCUUGUGUCAUUGCCCUUCGGUUCUGGCCCGGCACCAUGACCGACGCAUGGGGCACAUUUGGUCUCGUGACAACACUGUUGUGUUAUCCGUACUGCCACGCCAUCCUCGUGGGUUGGACCUCCAAGAACUCAAACAAUGUGGGCACGCGGACAAUCUCCGCGGCAAUAUACAACAGUAGGUCUCCCCAGCCACUCGGAAACAGCGUUCGACUCCUCCUCUCGAUGUCACUCUGGCGACCCGUGAUCAUCCUGAGCGCUAACAAUAGACGACCGUUGCUACAUCUAGUGUUCGUCCAAGUCGGUGGCAUCAUCGGUAACAACAUCUACCGCGCUGAUGAUAAACCCAAGUACAAGCGGGGAAACUCUGCGCUCCUAGGAAUUAACGUCCUUGCCAUCGUCCUAUUCUUGCUCACGAAGGUUUACUAUGUUUUGAGGAACAGGCAUAGGGAUAAGGUCUGGAACGCUAUGACGGAGGAGCAACGACGGCAUUAUAUCAACACGACGACGGCGACCGGGAGUAAGAGGUUGGAUUUCCGCUUCGCUCAUUGAUCUCGCAAUGGUGUCGUCCUGUCUUAGUCUGCGGGGGGUUCGCAGUGAAAAUGCUUGGGUCGGGGGUUGUUUGAAGGGUAUAUUAUGGGCAGAGAUAAUAUCGUGAGCCCUGUAGGUGAGUUUGCUUGAACGCGAAAUGCCGACAAGAAUACCGGUGAACCCCGCUUGAUGGGAUGUGUUUGAC